UACUGUCUGUGAAAUAUGUCUGGAAGAGGCAAAGGCGGCAAGGGACUCGGGAAAGGAGGCGCUAAGCGUCACCGUAAAGUUUUGCGCGAUAACAUCCAGGGUAUCACCAAACCCGCCAUUCGUCGUCUGGCUCGCCGCGGCGGCGUCAAGCGCAUCUCCGGUCUGAUCUACGAGGAGACCCGCGGAGUGUUGAAGGUGUUUCUGGAGAACGUGAUCCGCGAUGCCGUCACCUACACCGAGCACGCCAAGAGAAAGACCGUCACCGCUAUGGAUGUUGUGUACGCGCUGAAGAGACAGGGACGCACCCUGUACGGCUUCGGGGGUUAAACGACUGAGACCAGGACAAACCACACAAACCCAAAGGCUCUUUUAAGAGCCACACACUCUGACACAUAAAGGGUCUUUCCACAUCGAAGGUAAAGAAUAGUACCGUUCUUGAAAGUACAUCAAUAAGUAUAACUCACGGAAGAAGGAUAAGUCUGCAACAAUAGUUCUUUUUUUUUUUUUUUAAUGAAUAUGAGGUGCCCAUUCGAAGCAUAUUAUGUUGUAUAAUUGCAUUAAAUUCACACAAAUAUUAAAGUUUUCUGAAGCAAACUUUCUCACCACCUAUUGCAAUUUAAAGUGGUUUACAGAAGAAAAGAAAAAAAGAUGAUGGUGAAAAUAAAAGGUAAAUGUCAGCGGUGAAGUUGUUUUGAGGGACCUUCUGGUAUGAAAGCUAUUUUUUAAAGGGAUCUUAUUGUUGCUGUUAUUCAGAUAACACGAUCAUCCAUAACAUUGUCAUUUUCUUCAAAAUUAUAUUUAACUGAAAAUAAAUAGUGGGAA